CCCACUCCACGGAAUGUGGGUGUGGCAAGCUGACCUGGCAGUUGACGCACCAUUCAGGUCACCACUCCUCAAAAAGUAGCCACAACAUGAGCCUACCCGAACGGUCUCCCUGCAGCCUCGUCUGAAAAUGGCAUUGAUCACGCUGAUUCCGCUUGGAGGCGUUCACAGCCUUGUUGCCGUUGAUGGUGGAGAGUCAACAGUCGAAAGAUGUGGUCAUAAAAAGACGAGCCUUCGUUCUCAUCGUUCUUCCCCCCUUUGCCUUCCUUCCAACUCACUGUACCCCGCAACCUCAUUUUCUUCACUUGCAGAUUCCCUCUGCCUUCUCAAAUCAAUCGCUUAUUUGCAGUCUUUCUCCCGUGUCAAAUCCCCAGCUGAGACUUUCACGUGCAUUGUGGCUGAAGCCCCCUGCACUCGGUCACGGCUGAACCACGCAUCUCGCUCUCAGCCCCUCUACCUUCUCUCAAAUCUCCUCAUCGAUUGAAAGAACCAAUCCCGAGCUCUAUCUUUGGCUCUUCUGAAGGAGCUCGCCCCGUACACGAGCAAACUUUCCUCGUUCAUCGGAUCAGACCUCAAUAAACUCCCAGAAGUCAGUUUGUCCAGUCAGACCACCAUGACCUGUGGGAAUUGGAUCCGAAUUGCAUCAGCCCGCCAUUGACGAACGACACGGUCUAUCAAUACUGGUAUG